AUGGACGCGGCGAAAAGCCGUUCAAGCUUCACAAUACUGUCAAACUUCGAAGCGGCUGUGACGAAGAAUCAGGGCAUCUUCCUCUGCAUCGGCGAAGAGCUUGCGGCGAAGAACCAGCAGGCUUAUCAUCGCCGAGGCGCGUCGCGCGUCGUUCAAGUCGCUGCCGCCUGCGACCUCGAGGGCGAGCACUACAUCAAGGACGCGACCACAAGCGACAGACCGACGAUCGGCGCAGAGGGCAUCGCCACGGUGCAGAUUCACCUGCCGUCGUUUUGGCCCCAGAAUCCUGCAGCCUGGUUCACGCACGUGGAGGCCAUCUUUGUCCUUCGGCGCAUUACCUCGCAACAAGCAAAGUAUUGCCACGCUGUCUCCGCGCUCUCAACGGAAGUGCUUGCAGAGUUUCACGACCUUGUGUGCACGCCCCAUGAAACCACACCUUAUGACCACUUUAAAACGACGGUGCUGCAACGCAAGUCUGUGUCUGUACGCAGGCGUCUCCAGCAGCUUCUCAACGAAGAGGAGCUCGGCGACCGGCGACCGUCAGAACUGCUACGUCGCAUGCAGCAGCUUCUCAGUGGCUGUAAGUUGGAUGUAAACAGCCCGCUGCUGCGAGAACUGUUUUUCCAGCGCCUGCCACAGAAUGUAGUCCUUGCCUUGGCUACCGCACCUGACGACCUGCCCCUCGACAAGCUGGCGGAGCAGGCCGAUCGCGUCGCUGACUAUGCAGUAGGAGGUACUGUGGCUACGGCAUCUAGCGUUCCGUUGUCGCAACUCGAGGACCGGCAGUCUCGCCUGGAGCAACUGAUCGACGACCUCGCCGAGACUGUUAAUGCCCUACGGCCACCGUCUCACCCUCGUCGACGAGACCGCGAUUACCGUCCCAGAUUGUCUCCGAGGUCUAGCUCCCGUUCCGGUCCUCGUCGACGCGUCUACUGCUGGUAUCACAGCAACUUCGGUGCCAGCGCGCGUCAGUGUCGUCCUCCUUGCAGCUGGCAGGGAAACGUACCGCAGAGCCACUGA